GGAGUGGGAAAACCCCAUGAUAUGGAUAACAAUCACAUGUUAUCAGUAAUAGAACAGAAAAUGUGUGUGGAAGAUAGAAAGAUUUGGGCUCGUGAGUUGGAAAGGAAUGAAAAGCCAGCAAGCUUACAAGGUCUCAUUGCUUGGAUGGAGACGGAAAUGAAGUCGAGGAUGCGUGCAACUGCUCCACUGAGAAAUCAGAGUCAGGGUUCGAGAUAUGUCAAUCAGCUAUCUGGAGGAAAACCACCAAAGUGUUGGAUCUGCGACAAUUCAACGCACUGGGUAGACCAAUGUGAAAAAUUUAAGUCCAUGAGUCCAGAGGACCGUUUGAAAACAGUAAGAGAAAACCACGCUUGUUUCAGUUGUCUUAAGAAGGCCGGACGUGAUCACAGAGCAUCAAACUGUAGCAGAAGGAAGCAGUGUACACAGAAAAUAAGUGGCGUUCAAUGUAAAUAUUAUCAUCAUAUUCUUUUGCAUCCUUCAAAUCCUGCAGCAUCAGUGGGCGUAGCAUCGGUAGAAAACAACACGGAAGCAAUGCUGCCAGUUAUAACAGUGAAGAUAUCUGGAAAGAACAAUCGACACAAACAAGGGAACAUUCUACUCGACUCUGGAGCACAAAUAAGUCUGAUUUGUACAAGCACAGCAAAGAAUUUGGAUUUAAAGGGAAAGGAUGUUUCGAUAACUAUUAGAAAAGUGGGCGGUGAAGAAGAAGUGUUGGCGACAAAAGUAUAUCAAGUUCCCAUUACGUCAUUGGAGUCUGGUGCGAAGUUCACAGUCAAAGCUGUUGGAAUUCCACAUAUUAGCGAUGACAUUUCAAAUAUCAAUAUUGAUGAAAUGGUAAAAGGAAUUGGAAUUCCUGAAGUGAAAAUUUACCGAGAAUGUGGCCCAAUCGAUAUGCUUAUUGGGAUUGAUCACGCUUAUAUGCAUACUGGAGAUUCAAAGAAAGUCGGUAACGUUGUUGCGAGACAUUCACCUCUUG